AUGGAUGGUUUGGCUCCGGACAACAUCAUCACGGACCAAGAUGUUGCUAUGGCACAAUCUAUCAAGAGGAAGUUCCCGGCAAUGAUUCACCGUUGCUGCCGUUGGCAUAUAAUGAAGAAAGCACAAGAGAAGCUUGGCCCUGUGUUGGCUAGGGACCCGGAUUUGGUAAAAGACUUCAAUGAAUGCAUUGACUUCAGUUUCACCCCGGCUGAGUUUGAAAGGAAAUGGGCUGCAUUUCAAUUGAAAUAUGAAGGUCUUAUGCAUGGUCACUUUGAGAAACUCUAUGAAGAUCGGGCUACAUGGGUGUCGUGUUACUUCAAAUUCAGGUUCUUCCCUUUCCUUCAGUCAACGCAACGCAGCAAAGGGUUCAAUGCUGUGUUGAAGCGCUAUGUGAACCCACACAAGUCAAUUCUCAACUUCGUCAAGCAAUAUGAGAAGAUUCAGGUACACAUACUCGUGAGGGAGGGCGGGAACGACUACCGGACAGAGCAUCUAGAAGCACAAAGAUGGUCGCGUUUCCCCAUUGAGAGGCAUGCCUACAAAGCAUACACUAGGGACAUCUAUGUGAAAUUUAGAACAGAGUUUCAGAUGAUUGGCCAGUACGAUGUCCGUCCCGCUGGAAUCAACUUCUAUUACCUUGAGCCCAAUACAGAAGAAGUUCUAGGGUAUGGCUCAAGGAAGUACCUACUCAUAGUGAGACCAGAGCCAGCUAUCUAUGAUUGUGAAUGUUGCAAGUGGCAUAGGGACGGCAUGCUUUGUUGCCAUGUAUUGAAAAUCUUCACACACCUUGGCGUUAAUGAGAUACCUGAACACUACAUCAAGCGCCGCUGGACGAAGGAUGCAGUGCCAAGUGCACCACCACCAACUAACGAGGGCCCUCCGCAGGACUUGCCCGCUAAGUCAAAGAACCAAGUUCGGCAAGUGACUCUGACAAUGGAUUUUGCAAAGCUAGCCAAGAAGGCAAUGACUAGUGAUGAGGCAGCCGCUGCAGUUAGGAGGCACAUGAAUGCAGCAGAUACUGAGGUUGCUAAGCUGAAUAAACUGACGAAGAAGAGGCUAAAGGCAGCCCGAGAAGCAGAUCGUGCUAGGGAAGCAUCAAACCCUAAUGUCCCAAGUGCUUCAAACUAA